AAGAUAAUCUUUUAGUAGGCGGGAUAAAAUCUGACCAAAUAUUCGGUCUUACACUUGCAGAAAAUGGAUUUUUUUGGUUAGUUGAAUAUGAUGGUAUAUUUGGUCUGGGUUUUGACAGUCUUAAUAAUUUCAAUACUACAUCGACCUUUUCAAAAAUGGUUAAACAAAAGGCCGUAAAAAAUCCUUAUUUUAGUCUUCAUUUAAAUGGUGAGGGCGACGCGGGAACAUUAACUCUUGGUGACAUUGACACAACUAAAUUCGCCGGAAAACUUAGUUAUAACAAAGUAUCUACACUUAAAGGUAAAUACGUGUAUUGGAUGACUAAUGUGGACGACAUUUCGAUUAAUGGUAAAAAACUUAAGUAUAAGAAAAGAAUGGCUAUAUUUGAUACUUCCUCACGUGUCGUAUUUAUGUCAUUUGGUGAUGCUGAUACCUAUCAUAAAUCAAUUAAAGGAUCAAGAUUGGUAUUUGAUGAUGCUGGAGGAACCUAUAUCGUGCCCUGUAACACAACUGAUAAAGUAGAUUAUAUAUUUAGUGGAAUCAAUUAUCCUUCAACCUUGAUCUUCUCGCAGUAUGAAAAUAUUUGUUAUUCUUCAGUUCAAUAUGCAGAUUUUGUAGAUGAUAGUACUUGGAUUAUUGGAGGUUCAUUUUUAAGAGAUGUUUACUCAGUUUAUAACAUAAAAGAUUUUACGAUUGGACUUGCUCCUGCAUCUAA